GUUUGCUGUUUAUUUGUUUUCAAGGUCAAAGUUUGCUAACUGACUCCUAAGACUAUUGUAAGUUCCCAACUUUCCCUGCGAAUUUUCCAAACAUGUGGGUGCACAUAAAAUUUGAGAUUAUGUGGUAUUUCUUACUGUGGGGCAUUUUUACAACAUUUCGCACCAUUUUGCAUCUAAUCUUAAAACUGCGGAAACGAUAGUGAAUAAUUCCAAUGUAUCCUUCUUAGUGGAUGACUGUUUCAGCACACAGCACCCAAGAGACACCAUACGUGCUUUUUCUAUCAAUCGUUUGACAAACGCGUUGUAGAUUAUUGUGAGUCCUUGUAUUCGCAGUUAAACAACCGUUGACUGACUAGUUCUAGAUAAUGUUAGUAGUUCAAUAAUAAGUAAAUUAGAUGAAUCGCAUGAUAGUGCUCUGUAGUCGGAUUGUAUGCAGCAAUGUCUUGGUAGUCCAAGUUUUAGUUUUCAGCCAAUAAGUCUUACAAGGCUCUUUUUAUCUCCCUUGGUUCUAGUAACAUUUUACUAUCCCUAUCCUUCGCACAGAAAACAUCUCGCAUUGUAGCCAGAACGUCCCCUAAUCAGUACCAUAAAUCUAUGAUGUCAUUUUCAUAUGGUGGUUGUGUGAGAUUUAAUUAAACGAAACUUGCAAAAUCGUCAAGCAAGACAUGACACAAAUCCACUCACUUGAUGUGGAUAUGUAGCUGAUCGUUAACACAGUCUCCUCACAACAGAUAAGCUAGCAGCUUGAUCUUGCUCCUCUUGCUUCGUCUGAACCGCUGGAUAGGAUAACUAAAGAUCAUCUCAUGUUUAGUGUAUGGUAUUGUUUCAGAUUUAUUAUUAUUACUUUUAGUGUAUCAUAUUUCAAGAUUUUUCAAAAGAUUAUAUUUAUUUCAACCACGCAGUUGAUUAUACUUUGUUCUACGAGCUUCUGAAGGAUGCAGCCAGUUGAUGAGGGUUUAGAUUACGCAUCUCAAGGGAUGAUGGAUGAAGUAAGUUGUUAAUAAACCUUUUAAUUUUCCAGGACAUAACGUGCACAAUAUCUAGUGAACGAGCUCCAGACCUCCAUGCUGAUUUUCGUCGAGGUAGUUCAUAUCUUCAGUAAAUAUUUUUCUCUAGAUUUCGGCUAUGACCCUUUCGACGAUGAUGAUUUAGACUAAUUUUGUUGCCAAAAAUAAAUAUUUGUUUCUUCUUAACUGUAUUCUCGAUUCACUGUAAUAAAAACUGUGUCUGUCUGCGUAUUUUUAUUUAUGAUUAUAAUACAAACUGCGGUGUAAUCACUUUCACUUAAUUAUGUCGAUUUUUCUGUCAUUGAACUACACAUGGUUCACUAGAAAUAUAGUCCUAAUGACUUCAGUGAAAAUCUCGUUGUUUUAAGAUUAAUACUUUCGGGAUUAAAAUUUAAUGUGGUCAUUCGAGUUCUGCUUGAAACCGACUGACCAAUAAACUUCUACUUGAUUUCGCUUGAUCAAAUCAACAAGUUUUCGUAGAAACAUAAUUCAAUAUUUAACCUUUGAUCAUUUUUAACAGGUUUAAGCUCAUCUCGUCUGUUGAAUAGUUAAUCUCCUUAGCAAUUAUGCAAUAUGUUUAGUCAAGGGAUGCUUGCCUGUGGUCUUGUCAAGCCACUUGACUUUAGUUAAUUGUGUUUUCAAAAAUUCUUGGUGUCAAUUCCUAGUUUUAGGUCUUAUUUAUCAUGAACAUUUGACAAUCUAAUUGGACCUUUAUAUUAAAUGCAAAUUUCAGUGUUACAAAAGAUGCAGAUAUAUACAGAAAAGCGUAGUUAUCUUUUUAGCUCACUGAUGUACAUUUUUCAUUGUAGUAGCAUACCAUACUUCUGAGCAUUCACAACAUUUACACUUAGUUACCCUUACUUUUUUCUUGUUCCUGUCACAGUUGUUCUUUAGUAGAAGUAGAAUCUCUCACCUUUGUGCUUGGAAACAAGUUUUAAAUCACUUAUUGAUAUGGACUUCAUGGUCUCAAAGUAAUUAAUAGCAUAUUAACUUUAAUCAUUAAGAGAAUACUUCUCAUCCUACUUCAUCUCUAUACGGAUUAAACUUUAAGGUAGAGGCUGAGUGGCAGUUUCUUGUCUCAUUGUAGCUUCUAGCUAGCGUUAUCUUUCACACAAACCAUGGCAAUCUAAAAGGGGCAGUUCCAUCGCAUUUGAGAUAAUAGACUUUUGACAGCGCAGGAGGAAGAUUUCGAAAUUUUGUUCGUUGGACAGGAUUGUUUAAUCGUGAAGCUUUCGCUGUUUGUUUUUGAAUAAUAUUUUGGGUACAUACUUCUGAAAAGAGUAAGCAACGAUAGCUCGAGGACUUAACCAUCCAUUUCAGAGAAUAGGACGUUUCCAAAACAUAAUUAUUACAAAAAGCUUAUUAAUUGUGGCGCGGGUAAGGUUCCCUUCAACCUAUUAAAGGGGCGAGUAUACUGUUCAGCACUCCAUUUUGCAUUACCAUAUGGCUGUGAAUAUGCUCUAUGAAGAGAAUAUAGUGAUGGACUACAAUUCUGAUCAUAGCUGUCUCCAAAGUAUUCCCAAUGCACCCCGUGAUUAAAGUGUGUGAUGCUGAGGUUAAGUAUAAGGUGCUAGGCAAAAACGAAAAAUAGAUUGUUAAUCUUAUGUUGCACGUAGCUAACUAUUAUCUACUUCGACUUCCUAUGUUGUAAGAGAACUUGGUGGGCCAAGACAUGGAAUCGUGUGAUGAAAUCAUCGACUGCUGCAGCUGUAUUGGUAAUUCCAAACUAUUUUUUCGGGCCUGAUGCAGCAAUUGUGAUCGGUGGUUAGAAACUUCGUAACUUGGCUCAGAAUCGGUCAGUGGUACAGGUCUAAUCACUACUUACCUUCCUCUGAGUCUUGAGCUCCGAUAUUAGUUCAUACUUACUAUUCAUCAAUUUCACCUCUUUUCCAACAGCAUUUCUUAGCGUUUAGUCAUUAAAACUGUUCUUUCAGAUCUUCAACAAUUCAUGUUUUUAAUUUUCUCUUGUCGUGCUAAUUUAACGUGACAACUUGAACUGACAUACAUUUGUAGCAGACUUUGUUGAUUGUAACUAACGUAUGUUAUGUGAGAAAUUUCACAAGAAUGUCCAACCAUUGUAUGGUGAAAUCAUUGUCAUACUCAUCUUCAGGCGUCUCACAUAAUGCGUGUGUAAAUCAGCGCUGUUUUUAUAAGUUAGCUACUAGUUAACUCUCAAAUAUUCCAAAUCUACGUUAUCUGUAAUUGAUAUCCAUUCACUAUACUUAUAAAUUGUGUCCAAGGUGUUCUGUCCUACAUUUGAGAAACUUGACUCCCCUAGGAUGAAUUAGUUUCCUGCCAAUGAUUGGGCAUGUCCACCGGUUACAUUAUUUGGGUAAUUCUGAGAUCAGGCAACAUAUUUAAACAUAAUAAAGAGUCAUUUGUUAUCGUAAAAUCUUGAUUUCAUUUGAAUGAAUAUGUAUAACGCUUGAGCUCUUCACAUCCUGCUGUGUAUAGAUUGGCAUAUGUAAGUAGUAAAAUGGUGGUUGAAGUACUUAUCUUUCAAUCGAUAAGUUAUAGAUUUGAACACUACUACCCGCUUAAAAUUAUCAGCCUACACACAAUCAAAAUUUACUCAAUAUUAUUUAUCUAUUUGAACACAAGUAUUGGUGCUAAUUAGCGCCACACAGGUCACUGGAUUUGUGUGUGAGCUGUCCUACUGCCCGGGUGUUCAGACCAAAGCAGGUGGUUUUCUUGGGGACCACGUCCGGAACCUUCGACCUAAAGGUCUGAUCCACAAGGCAGUGGAGCAUCGUGAGGAGAUUCAGUUCCAUGUUAGCAGGUGACCAAUAGUUGGUUCAUACGCCAUUUGUUCCCUCAAAAUCCUGGAGCCCAUGUGCACCAUUGGUUUGGAACCAGGUUUUUCCAAUUCCCCUUGGUGGAUCUUCAAUAUCCACCAACCCGGGUAAAGCGCCGGAUAUUCAUUUUUUGUCCUCUCAAUUUUGUAAACAACCAGCACGCCUCGAGAAGGCAGUUAGUAGGACUUCCCUGGCGGUGGUUGCAUGCACGUGGUCAUGUGAGAGCAUUUCGAGAGGGAGAGCUGACUUUCCCUACCCUCGGCCGUACCAGAUCAUUUUACUCAAAGUCGAAUGUAUAAACUUACAGUUAGUAAAUGAGUUGCCGUGGUUGUUGAGUAAUGUGGAAUGUUGGUGCUUUCAAAGUACUUGGCUAUUUUUGCAGGCAUUUUAAUAGCGGCCUCGUGGUUUUGUAAGGAAGUUUCAUAGAGUUCUAAUGAUUCCUAUUUUAAGGAUGGUGUAAAUUUUCACUAAACAUAAAGCUAGUUUGUUCACAAGUAAGCUGUGAAUUCACAGUUACUUAGGUGAACUGAAUAGUUAUUUUGUGGGCAAAAGGAAAGUAUUUAUGAUUACUAUUCUAACACAUAUUAAAAACUCAGUCGCUUAAGUUUUCCGGUCACACUAAUUCAGACAAAAAAAAUAAUGAUACAGGGCUCUUGAUUUCGAAACUAUCUAGUUAGUAAUUUAUUAGAUCGAAGUUCACUUUAUACAUAAAGAUAAUAAACGGAGUCUCCAACUGUCCAAAAACAAGGUUUACAUAGUAGAAACACUCAUAUAACGGUUAUUUUGUUUAUGCUUUUGUGUGAAGUGUUAGUCUGAUUCAUCGUUUACUAACCCAUAAACUUAUUGAAUGUAUUAAUAUUUUCGAGUUGCCAUAUAUAUUUCCAGUUUUUAUACCGAGGUUUCAAUGUCACGUGGCUGUAUAUACCAUCUUCAUACUUCACUGCUUUCUAAACGUAUUAAUCCUGAGGAUGUUUGGCGCGUAUUUAUUAAUCGUAUCCAAGCCGAUAUACAAGGUGUUAAAAAUGAUUUAUCUGUGUCUAAACUUGGUCUUCCUCCUACCAAUUCAAUACUGAGUAGCUUAUCUGAGAUUAUGCCAAAGAGUUCACUUACAAAUCCAGAUACUCCCGAUUUGAUGACUUCCAUACCAGUGGUUGUAAAAGAUAAUUUUUGUGUCGAUUAUCGUAGACUACCACUAAAAACAACAUGUGCUUCUAAAUCACUGGAAAACUUUUGUUCACCAUAUGAUGCUGCUGUUGUGUCAUCUCUUCUUCAUUCAGGAGCUUUUAUUAUGGGGAAGUCAAAUAUGGAUGAAUUCGCAAUGGGUUGUGGAUCUACAGAUAGUGCAGUUGCUGGUCCUGUUGUUAAUCCAUGGUCUGAAAAAGCAGCUGGCAAAACUCGUCUUAUUUCGGGAGGUAGUUCUGGAGGUAGUGCUGCUGCAGUUGCUGCUGGUCUUUGCUUGGCUAGCAUAGCUUCAGAUACUGGUGGUUCAACACGAUUACCUGCUGCUUAUUGUGGAGUUGUUGGUUUAAAGCCAACAUAUACGUUAGUCUCUCGCCAUGGUCUUAUCCCAUUAGUAAACACUUUAGACGUGCCUGCCAUCAUUGCACCAUCUGUCAGUGAUGUGGCUUGUGUUUUAGCAAGUUGGUUAUCUCCCAAAAAUAACUUCGCACGAACAGGUGAUGCCACAUGUUCCCAACUUCCACACUCUUUUCUGACUCGUAUGUACAAUGAAUUGCAAGAUCUUGCCAAAAGUGAUUUAGAUUCUACUUCCAAGGACACUCCGCUACGCAUAGGUAUCCCGUUAGAGUAUCAUGUUCCUGGUCUUCAAGAGGAGAUAUGUUCCAUGUGGGACACUGUUGCCGGCUGGUUAGCUGAUCACUUAUCCUGUUCUGUACAGUUAGUCAGGUUACCUCAUACACCUAUGGCCACAACUGUGUAUUCAGUUUUGUGUGCAACAGAAGUAGCAUCAAACAUGGCUAGAUACGAUGGGUUAAAGUAUGGAUUUUCCAUAACGAAGUUAUCCAACCAUCAUGAAGAUUCAUUACUGAAAAACUCAGUGACACAAUACUCUGCUACUCGUUCAUUAGGUUUCGGUGAUGUUGUUCAAGGCAGAAUUUUCGCUGGUAAUUUCUUUCUUCUUCAAGAUCAACAGUGUCGACAUUUAGCUGCGGCGCGACGUUUAUGGCGUUUGAUCAAGGAAGAUUUCAUGAAGGUUUUCGAAUCAGUUGACUUUAUAUUAACACCAGUAUCACCUAGUCUACCUAUUAGUAUCGAUGAAUUUUCCAAAUUCGACAAUCGAACACGUACUACACUUGAUGAUGUAUGUACAGUAGCUGUAAAUUUGUCCGGAUUACCUGCAAUUUCAUUUCCUGUCGGUUUAUCACCUACACGUGGACUACCAAUUAGUUUACAAUUAAUUGGACCAUACUUUUCAGAGUGUCAACUAUUGUCACUUGUUGCUAAAUUAGAACACCAGGCAUGUUUCCAACCUUUAGUUGAUCAUAAAUCCAUUAUUGAUUCUAUUUAA